AUGCAAGAUGAAAUGGCUUCAUUGGAUAACUUUGGAACAAUCUUUCUUAUUCUACGUUAUGACUUGUCUCACGACCAACGGCCACACUGGGAACCUCGCCUUUUGGCUAUACCAUCACGCCCGCCACAGCGGGUUGAGACUUCCUGGGGAUCGACGCACUCCCGCUUAGCUUCAUCUGUUCUUUUCGGUGGCUUGCUCUCUUAUGCCGAGCCUGCAGCCCACGACUGGUGCCACCGGGUUAGGUAUAUCCAGGCAGGAAGGGUUGCCAAUCGUGCAUCUUUCGGUGCCAAGCCGCAAGAGCCGGGCAGGGCUGCAGCGUCGUCUGCUGAGCCCUCACCAGGGUUGAGAUUGGUACUGGUGGGGUUCAUGAGAGCCUUCAUUUGUCGCAGGCAACCAUCGCAUGAUGGCGGACAGAAGCAGUCUAGAACCUUGCCUUUACGAGCAGUAAGUCCAGCUGCAGUCAGUCCUCUUGGCACGGAAACGGGUGGUGGAUUCACAACCGGAGUCAUUACACGGCGGCUCAACGAGGACCGACUCCCGUCGAAGAAGCGGCAACAGAGCGGCAGGAGGAAGAUGUCUUUUUUUUUCUCAUCUGUUGUUGACAGCAGGGAAUGGAGUCUACCGGUGGCUGUGUAUGAUUCCCCCGUCAACUCGGAACUCGUGGCCGUCAUCAAACAUUUUUCAAAGGUUACACAGUCUCGAGAGUCAUAUCGUUCAACCUCGACGAGAGAAUUCCCUUGGUCCGCGAGUCUAUUGUCUUCCUUCCCGGCGUCGUACAACCAAGAAGUACGUCUGCCCAGGUGUGACGUGAGGCAGAAAAGAAGAAUCCCGUUCGUGGUCCCACGACAUGCUACCAUGGGAACCGACAGCUACCCUGAUGGUCAUGACCGUUGCAGAGAGACAAUACGCCAGAAAGAGAGAGAGAAAGAAAAAAAAAAGAGGUUGGUAUGGGAUACGGCCGACAUGCCAUUGAUGAGAUUCGUUGUUCGUCCUGCAUGUCCCGAUACAGGGUUUGGCAGGUAUCCGCUUUCCGUCUACAUUGCAGUGACAACCCGUCGUAUUUGA